AUGAUUGUGGCAUCGCGGAGUGGCACACGAUGCAUUCGGUGUGACUAUCGCGCCCAACUACGCGCCUUACAGCAGAAACGAUUCGGCUCCACGGCGAGUGCUUCAAAGCAGCAAUGGCAGCAGGAAUGGCAGCCAAGCUCGCACGAGAGAAACAUCAUCCGCCGAACGGGAGGCCCAAGAGAAGGACGUGAACGCGAAGCCCAAAUAGUGUAUCACCGCAGCAGGGGCGACAGGACCGACAACAUUGUGAGGAGGACUUCAAGAAAAGAAGCAGACCUCUCGAAAUGGGGCAUUGACAGCAACACUGGCUGGAGCGGCCGGGGCAGGAGAGAGCAAGAUUUCAAGACUGCGCUACAGGAGGUGCUGGCCAAAGUGAAGGAAGAUGUCAAGGAAGCUCCUGUACUGGAGCAGAUGGCGAAAGACCAACAGGAAUGGGAUGGCAAAAGUGGACGAGAUUUCAGUUUCAGCAAGUUAUGGAAGGUGUUCACAUCCUCGAUCAUGUCUGGCGCGCAAGGCAACGCUUUUCGCAUCGAUGAAGGGAAAUCGUUAUACAACGACCUCGCGAGCGUGUUUCGAGAAAGAGGCAAAAGUGGACUGGAAGACCGCGUCAAGUAUGCCUUCUAUGGAAAUGUUACCGGAGCACGUUUCACAGAAUCGGACAUCAAAAAUCAAAAGGCGAUGGCAGAUUUGAGAUAUCCGACAGAAUGGUUUCCGGCCACGAGAGCGCAGCAUCGUACCAUCCAUCUCCAUGUUGGACCCACGAACUCCGGCAAGACGUAUCAUGCUCUGCAACGACUCGAGCAGGCCACGAGAGGAGCAUACGCAGGUCCGCUACGGUUGUUGGCCCAUGAAGUUUUCACAAGACUCAAUACCAAGGGUAAGCCAUGCGCACUGGUCACUGGCGAAGAACGACGCCUACCAAUCGGCGUUACGACCAUAGACGCCACGGAUGACAGUCCAUAUAACAUGACUGCUUGUACUGUGGAAAUGAUGCCGCUCAACAAAGAAAUGGAUGUCGCCGUCAUCGAUGAGAUUCAGAUGAUCGGCAGCGCUGAGCGUGGUUGGGCAUGGACCCAGGCUCUUCUAGGCGUCAAGGCAAAAGAGGUACACUUGUGUGGCGAGGAACGUACAGUGCCGCUCAUCAAAGAGCUGUGUGCAAGCAUCGGCGAGAAGCUGGAGAUUCAUCACUACCAGCGUCUCUCGCCCUUGGCAGUCGCUGAGACGUCUCUCGAUGGCGAUUUGAGGAAACUCCGCAAAGGUGAUUGUAUCGUUUCCUUUUCAGUCAUGGGCAUCCAUGCUCUGCGAAGACAGAUCGAGAAAGCUACUGGCCGCAAAGUCGCGACAGUGUACGGAUCGCUGCCUCCAGAAACUCGUGCUCAACAAGCUCGUCUGUUCAACGACCCAAACAAUGACUACGACUUUCUUGUGGCCUCCGACGCUGUAGGCAUGGGUCUCAACCUGGCCAUCAAACGCAUCAUCUUCGAAUCAUCCACCAAAUUCAACGGUAUUGCACGACAGACCCUAAAUAUUGCAGACAUCAAACAAAUCGGCGGACGUGCUGGUCGCUUCAGAAUCGCAGAACAAGCCUCAGCAGGUGCAGCAACAGCAGAAGAACUCGCAGCAGCCAAAGGCGAUAUCAAUCCAAACUCCUCCAUCGCAGCCGCAUCAGAAGCCGACGAAAACCUCGGCCUCGUCACCACCCUCGAACGCGUCGACUUUCCCAUAGUCCGCUCAGCAAUGGAAUCCGAGCCCGAACCCAUCCGCUCCGCAGGCCUCUUCCCCCCGGCUCCCAUCCUCGAGCGUUUUGCAGGCUACUUCCCUCCCGGAACUCCCUUCUCCUACAUCCUCACACGCCUCCACGAACUCAGCCAAAUGCACACCCGCUUCCACCUCUGCGGCCUCCGCGACCAAGUCUGGAUCGCCGACAUAAUCGAAAAUAUCGAAGGUCUCUCCGUCGCAGACCGCAACAUCCUCUGUUCCGUCCCCGCCGGUAAAUCCGAUUCCGACAUGUGGAAGACCCUCAUGCCCGCCUACGCCCGCUGCAUCGCCACGCAAUCCGGCGGAAAUUUAGUAGAUAUCGAAGAUUUACCUCUUGAGAUCUUGGAAACAGAAAUUCAGGGCACGAGGGAGUAUCUCCGAGAAUUGGAACGUUUGCAUAAAGGCGUCGUGGCAUAUUUGUGGUUAAGUUAUCGCUUCGCGGGAAUUUUUACGACGAGGAAUUUGGCAUUUCACGUUAAAGGGUUGGUGGAGGAGAGGAUUGAGAAGACUUUGAGUCAGUUCUCUUUCUCCGAGGCGCAAAGGAGGAAGUUGGCGGCGUUUAGGGAGCAGCAGUUGUUGCAGAAUUUGGCGAAGAAUGCUGAAGAAGCGGAGGAUGAAGAGGUGGAAGGGGAGGUGAAAGAUGUGGAUCGGACGGGACUUGGGUAUUUGGAUGCUGCUGUGGAAGGAACUGAGGACGAGAACCAGGAUGUGAUGGAGCAGUUAUCGAAGGAGUCCCCAGACACAGCAACGGACAGCGCUUCGCCGGACCAUGGAUUCGAUCUUGGGGCUCAGCUGGAUGGCCUCGCAGAACAUCCACCCGUGCCUGCUCAAGGCCACACCUCGAAACACCUAGAAGAGCAGACCAGUCAACUAGGUGGGGGAGACCACUUUGGUGGCGCAACGGAGGAUAUCGAAGUCGCAGAGCCGGGUCUGGAACCUGACGGGCUCAUCGAGGAACAGAAGAACCGUGUCGACGAAGCUCCAGCCACAGGUGAGAGCAGUGCUUCUGAAACGGAGGAUGAAGAAAAGACCCAGUCCACAGAUGGGAGUAGGGCCGUGUAG